AUGACAAUCACGACCUCAAAGACAGCUCCAGUCCAUGUACCUUACAUUCAAGCUACCGAGACAAGCGAGCAGCUAGAUUGGGCAGAUCUUGUGGCCUUGGACCUAUCCAAAUUUGAUAAGCCCGGGGGUAAAGAGGAGCUUGCAGAAGAAUUCACGAGAGCGAUUGAACAAAUAGCCAUCAAUCAGCAGUAUGCUCUGGCCUCGUCCGUUCUCAGUCUGUCGGAUGAAGACAAGGCACCAUACAGAGCAGCACUUGAGGCCGGCGAUUUCAAUGGUUGGAAGCCUCCAGGCACCAGAGAGCUGAUCCCAGGCGUCCGGGACAACUUCGAGAUUUACAACAUCCCAAAGUUCAUCUCGGAGCAUGCGUCACGACCGCACCCCGAUGUAGUCACAGAGAACUUCGCGUCAAUCGAGCAGUUCUCCCGAUACGUCAACGACGAGAUUAUCCGGAAGCUUCUCGUCAUAUUUGCGCUGGCACUUGGUCUUGAGGACGAGGAGUGGUUCGUCAAGAAGCAUCGUUACGAGAAGUCUAGCGGCGACCAUCUCCGAUACAUGAAGUAUUACGCGAGAACCGAGGAGGAGAAUCGAAAGCUGGGUGGUGUUUGGCUGAAGGGACACUCAGAUAUGGGCAGUCUGACAUUGCUCUUUCGGCAACCUGUCGCUGCGCUCCAGGUCCUCACGAACAACGGGACCUGGAAGUGGGUGCGGCCGCAGACGGACGCGCUGACAGUGAACAUUGCUGAUGCGCUGCAAUUCCUCACAAACGGGUACCUCAAGUCAAGCAUCCACAGAGUCGUAGCGCCUCCUAAAGACCAAGCACAUAUCGAUCGUCUGGGGGUUAUUUACAUGGUUCGCAUAGAAGAUGAUACGGACCUGGUCCCGAUUAAGGAGUCUCCCGUUCUACAGAAGCUUGGCCUCUCUGAGGGCGCGAUACUUGGAAGUGACGGGAAGCCUGUGAAGGCAGGAGAGUGGGUGAGGGAGAGGAUAAUCAAGAACAUCGGUGCCACGAGUCAGUCCAAUGGUGACAAUUCGGUCAAUGAUCUAGAAGUCAUCAAGGGUAUCAAGGUGAUGCACCAGUUGGUACAAGGGGACUCUACUCGCGUCAUACAGAUACUCCAGUCUGGAGUCGAAGUUUUCACAACCGGAAAGCACAACAGCAUUUUCCAAACUUCAACCGCGCCGACUAAAAGCUUCACUCUUAAAAUGUCCGGCAUUCCUCUCACCGCUGGCAUUGAAGCAUCCAACAGACGGCCUCCACCCAAAGGCACCGGCCCCGCGUUUGAGCCCGGUCCCGCCGAUUUCAAAGCAGCAAAAAAGGCUGAGCGCAAAGCCGAGAAAGAGCAGCGACGCGAAGUUGAGGGUCCCUCUCGCACAGAGAGCAUUGUCCAGUCAAUCAAAGACAAGUUCUCGUCCGAUUCAAAUACGCCUAAAAACUCAAGGAUAGAGAGGGACCGGGACGGUGUUCCUAUCUAG